UUCACAAACACAGUCGUAGAGAGCUCAGCGCGACAUUGUGCUAGCUAUCGGUGCAGUUUAAUACGCUGGCGAUUUCGAAUAAAUUUGGCAACGAAAGGCUGCGCUACCAUAUAAAUUAAAUCGAUCGGUCUCUUACUGCAAGGACUGUUCCGACAGCGGUUGUUUCUGCAACACAAUGUCGUUGCAGCGUCAAACUGUGUGUUUUGGGAGCACUUGCCAGUAUGAAUACGAUGAUUGUGACUUCAUUGGAAAAGGAAGCUUUGGUAAGGUUUACAAGGCCAGCAUUACGGAGCGCGGCAAUUAUGCUGGACCUGACGUUGUGGCUGUGAGAUCUUUCCAUAUACACGAGAAGAGUUUUGUGGAAAACCCAGAGAACUAUGCCAAACUGCAGGAGAGAUUCGAAACGAUGCUGAAGCUGAAACACGAUCACUUGGUGGUCUACCAUCAGAUCUCCAUCAUCCCCACACUUUGUAGUGCAAACGUGGAGUUAGUCAUGGUCUACUAUCCUGCUGGCAACCUGAAAAGUAAGCUGAGAAGGAUGAGAGACAACGAAAUGCUUCUGAGUGUUGAAGACGUCCUCAGUUACGCGCUGGACCUGGCUGAUGGACUGGCGUUCCUGCACGAGCGCGGCAUUACUCACGGCGACCUGAAACCAGCAAACGUGCUCAUCGACAACUUCAACGCCCAGCGCGAGACUCUGCGCAUAUCCGACUGCGACGGCCUCGUUACUUUUCAACGCUGCAGCGUUAGCUCACUGGAUUACGAGCAUUUCCGCAGCAGCGAGCGCUACAUGUCGCCGGAAAUGGUUCGUGCGAUAGGACCACGGGAAACCCUCACCACGUGGCCUCCGAUGCCCGACUCGACCACGGACGUGUGGAGCUUGGGGUGCGUACUGCGGCAGUUCAUCUGCGCUGCAACGGGCGACUACAGAGAAAUGCUGCAACAUCCGGUCAGUGGAAGAGUGCUGGGUGCGACUGGAACCAUUAGUGACUUGGCUUACUCGACAGCGGUUAUGCGAGGGUAUAUUCCUAUCAUCCAUGAUGCCGCGCCCGUUCCAUCCCAGCUAGCCGCGUGUAUUCGCAACUGCCUGUGCAGCGCUAGUAGCCACAGAAUAUCUGCGCGCCAGGUCUUGAAUUAUGUAUCCCAGAUCAACGAGAACCACAUACCAUAAACGUGUUUGGUUCGCGUUCUGGGUACAGUGAAGGCAGCUAGAUAAUAUCGAUUCAUAUCCAGCAUCUGAAGAAUAGCUCAUAUAUGACAUAUGAAUACGUAAUGCGUAGGAAGCGUGUAUUACGUACAUAUGUGCUGUUACGUAUGUGUUAUCUGUUCUGUUAGGUACGAUUGCUGUUCUUAUCUAACGCAUUUGAUCACUAAAUCCAUCGGCGAUCUCUUUGCACGUGCAGUGUGUUGGAGUCUUGAUGGAGAAGACUGUGAAGUUAGCUUUUACUAGAAAGUUGGUGUGACCUUCUGGUAGAAGUGCGUUCUGUGUUGUUGAUCAAACAUUUGGGAAGCUCCUGAGUGUUUGGGUUUCGGUAGUUUUCGUUAGGCACAUCCGCUGUACCCAGCGGAAAUACUUAGUCUGUGUACGACCACUCAUUGGAGUCCAGAGCGUAUUCCACUGAACCCACAGUGUAUGUUUGGUCAUCGCGGAGUACGGUAGUUGUGUGAAACUUCCGUAUAGCAUGUCAGUAUU